AUGUCAAACAAGCUCAUUUCGUUGGUCUUUGUGACCACCUUCUUGUUGAUGACCACCUUCUUCAUGUCACCACCUUUCUUUGUGAAUGGCCAAAUCAGUGCCGAUCUCACCAUCAAGAUUCCAAAAACUUCAUUGACUUGUCAACGAACUGUGACCUACACUCCAAGUACCACCACUGUGGCUUUUGACAGCACUUCUCGAUGCGAUCUAAAUGCCACCAAAGCACUUUCACUCGGAACGUUCACUUCAAUGGGUUUACAAGCCAGUGUCAAUGUUCUCCCAAUGAUCAAAAUGACUGCUCAAGCAGGAGUCACUUUAUCUGUGAACAUUUUUGGCAAAAUGACAAGUGUUGACUUUGCUUUCAAUGUCGGUGCAUCCAUGGGUUUUGAUGCCCUCUUUGAAUACUUGGAUAAUGAUUCCAAUCCAGGUUAUCAAGUGGGUGGUGCUGAUCAAAUUGUCAAAUCCUAUCCAUUAACUUCUCUUCAAUGGUCUCAAUUGUCUGUUGUUUCGACCAAGAUUGAUGCCAACACCACUUUCUAUCAACUCUCCACUGAAGCUCAAGUUGGAACUUUGUGCAAAGUCAAACUCAUUGGUUAUCUCACUACCAAUGAAGUCAUUCUCUCAAGCACUGCAUUUGUUUCGAGAGAUGGAAUUCAACAAAUUCUUGUUCCUUCCUCCUUCAAGACCUCUCUUCAAGUGUUAAAUAUUUCACCAUCGAAUCCUGCUGCCAAGAUUGGUAUUUCCACAUUGUUGGCAUUCCGUGGAAAAGUCAAUACAAAGGGUACACGAAGUGCAACCAGUCCAGCUCGAGGUGAAGAACGUCCCGAUGAUGACUCUGCUGAUCAGAGUGUUCUUCAAAUUGAUACUUCUUCCUACUUGUCUGGAUUUUUGAAUUUACCAAGUGGUUUCCAAAUUCCAAAACCAUUCUUCUCGUAUCAGACCUUUGUGAGUAAAUUGAGUGGUGCCUCUGGAAUUGCCUCUGGAAGAUCGAAACUUAUCUCCACUUCUCUCACUCAAGCCACUGACGCAAGUGCCAAUGUCAAUACGGAAAUGACUGGAUCCAUUUCGGGAUCCUCGGUCUGGAGAUUUUAUGCUUCCUUGACGGAACAAGUUCAGAAUUUUGUGUGGGAUCCUUCAUUGGGUAGUUCGGAUGAUCGUCCUCCUUCUCCAACUGUUGUUUCUGGAGUCUCAACAUUUAGAGGUGGUGUUGCUGCUCUUCUCGCAGCACUUGUCAUGAUGUUGAUCAUGAUGGUCAUGUAA